AUGGAGCUGGGGCUGUGCUUCCUUUUCGGGCUCGCUGUGACCUCCGCCGCAGGAUGGGUGCCUCACUCCCAGUCUGGGGAUGCUGGCAGGAGCAGCAUGCCCCGGGCCCCCUCUGCAGCCAGAUCAGAGGCGGACACCAAGGAGACUGUGGCCACCGUGGCAGCCUGGGGUCCAAGCCCCAGAAGCCCUUGGCAGGAGCAGGGACCAAGUCAGUUUGGGAAGCAGGGGCCCGAGGGGGUCCCCGUGCACCACCGAGCCCGGCGUUGUACGUGUUUUACCUACAAGGACAAAGAGUGUGUCUACUACUGCCACCUGGACAUCAUCUGGAUCAACACUCCUGAACGGACUGUGCCCUAUGGACUGUCCAGCUACAGAGGGAGCGGAAGCAGGGGCAGGAGGUCGGCUGGGCAGUUCCCACAGAGCCCACCGCCGGUGAAGGGGACACUGCGCUGCGCCUGCGCGGAGAGCGAUGAUGACGCCUGCCUGCAGUUCUGCACCUGGUCCCUGGCUGCCCGCGGGAAUUCAAGGUUGGCGCAAACACCUGACAAAGAAGUGGGAAAGCAGAAUGGUGGUGCCCUGGGGGGCAUGCGUCCGAGGAGCUGCGCUCUAGUGGCUAUGCUGAGAUUACUGAGCAGCUGA